AUGCGUUUAGUGGCGGCGAUGUUAGCGUCACCGGUGCUGGCCGCGGUCCUCUGCUUGUUCGUCUGCAGUCGGACAAUCGUGGCGAUGGCACCUGGUGGCGGCAGUAGCGAUGGAGCCCUAUACUUGACGCCCCUGAUACAGGCAGGCCGGAUCAAGGAGGCGCGGGCCGCUUGCAAUGUGAAACCCCCGAAGGCGGCUGUCGAGAGCUACUCCGGUUACCUGACUGUGGACGAUAAGCACGGUUCCAACAUGUUCUUCUGGUUCUUCCCGGCAAUGAGCGGCGCCCCGGACGCACCCGUCAUGCUGUGGCUGCAAGGAGGCCCGGGUGCGUCCAGCCUCUACGCCGUGUUCAACGAGCACGGCCCGUUCUCGGUGGCCAAGACCCAUGGUCUCAAGCUGCGCAACCACACGUGGGUAGCCACACACUCAGUGAUAUACCUGGACAACCCCGUGGGCACAGGGUACAGCUUCACCUCCGACGACGAAGGUUACAGCGUCAACCAGGCAUCCGUAGGCCGCAACGUGUACAUUGCCUUGGUGCAGUUCUUCACGCUGUUCCACGAGUACCAGAACAAUGAUUUCUACGUGACCGGCGAGUCGUACGCGGGCAAGUACGUUCCAGCCGUGUCGUACUCCAUCCACCUCAACAACCCCGGAGCCAAGGUCAAAAUCAACCUCAAGGGGCUGGCCAUCGGCAACGGUUUGGUUGACCCCAUCAACCAGUUGAUGUACAGUGAAUACCUGUAUCAGCACGGAUUCGUCGACGAGUACGGUAAACAAGAGUUGGAAGAGCUGGAGAGCACGGCCCGCGUCCAAAUCCUCCGCAAUGACUUCCAAGGCGCUUUCCGGUCUUUCGACAAACUACUGAAUGGCGACAUCUAUCCAUAUCCGUCGCUGUUCCAGAACCUGACUGGCAUGCAUUACUACUUCAACAUGCUGUGGGACCGGGACCCGACGCCGUACGGUGACUGGGAGAAGUACGUGCAAGAGCCGUUCAUGCGAGAAGCACUGCACGUGGGCCAGAGGCCGCUAAACAACGGCUCGCUGGUCGAACUCCACCUGGCCAAUGACAUGAUGCAGUCGGUGGCCUCGUGGCUUGCCACCCUGCUGGACGCCGGCCAGUACCGUGUUCUGUUGUACUCCGGACAGCUGGACAUCAUUGUGCCUUAUCGGGGCACGAUGAACAUGGCACAGUCACUGAAGUGGUCGGGCGCGGAGGGGUUCCAUAACGCGACGCGAACCAUUUGGCGGGUGGGCCACGAAAACGCGACCGUCGUGGCUGGUUACGCGACCACGUCCGGUCCGCUGACCGUGUUGCUGGUCAGGGAUGCCGGUCACAUGGUACCGGCAGAUCAGCCAAUCUGGGGCCUGGACCUGAUCAACCGAUUCACGACUGGCAAACCGUUUUGA